GGGAAGCUUCGAAAAGACGGUCGAACGCGGUCGGAAAAGCUAUUUUCAUUUGGCGGGAGAGUGUCUAAAAAGUGCAUGCCGUUAAAAAAAGAAAAGUGUGUUGACGGAGGAGUAAGACGAAAAAGAGCUAUUUUUGGAGCUCGGUGCGUUUUCCUUUUCAUUUCGGAGUCCCGCCACCGUGCAUUUGCAUCUUUUCCCUGGCAUUUCCGUUGCGUGUGCAAAAAUCGACAAAAACCCAGAGCAGAAUGCUGAAGUGCAGUGAUGUGAGAAAAUAGAGAAGGAAAAUAUUGUAUAUUUUUAAAUAUUCGCCUCGAGGCGCGGCCAGCAAAGCAACCAAGGAAAUAAUAAUAAGAACAAAAAUAAGACCAACCCUUUGGUGAUUGCCCCCUGCCAAAAACGCGUUGCAUGUGUUUCUAAUAAUGAAGUGUUUAUUUUGGGCGCCGCAAGUGAAAUGCAUUUGAAUGCCACAGCGCAGCGAGUCGAAAUCAAGAGAUAAAUAAAAUCCGGAAAUUCGAAAGUGUUUUCACAUAUUUUUGUUGUGCUUUUUCGCCCAUCCCCUUUGAUUGGUAGAGAGCCUGUAAUUUGGAUUGGAUUAUUUCCCUUGGCGUUACAAAAGAAGUUUGGUCAACAAUGUGCGGACUACCGGGGAUUUUUAUACCCUAAAACAUUUCUUGCGCCACCCACAGCAAAGCAAUGAGGAUGAAUUGAUUAGCAGUGGAAAGAAGUGGAGACUGGACAAAAGAAAUUCACCCAUGAAUGAGUCAAGCGAUAAGUGUAAAAUCCACAAUUGAAGCCGGUGAAAUUAGCAGAGGAAUAGCCACGGAAACAGCGUUGAUAGUAGAAAGGAUCAGAAAGUGCCGCGGCAAAAUGGCGGCACGACGUUGCCUGAAUCAGCUCAGGCAACGGUAUAUAAGCAACCGACUAAAUAUAUACACCUGCGCGAUAUUUUUGAUAUCCCUCCCCUUGAUUUUGGCCAUCGAGGAGACCACAUUUGCUGGCCUGUCUGCGGAGAAUGCGGCUCGCAUGCUGGCCGGCAGUCCUGGCGACGUGGAAAAGGCCCCCUCGCAUCACAGCGAAAUGUCCCUGGUCCUGCCACACGACACCUACCCUGGAUUCAGCAUCAAGAAGUUCAAAACCCAUCCUGUGAAGAUAAAUGGCAGCUCCCAUGCCGGCGGAGCCGCCUACCACAUGCUGGACAGUGACUACUCAAAGUACUUUACGGUGCUCGAGGAUGGUGUGGUGAUGACCACGGCGGACAUAUCGCCGCUCGUCAACCGACCGGUUCAGUUGGUGGUCGUGGAGCAGACCCCCAAUGUCACCAACACCCACAACCUGCAGUUGUUCGUGAUGCAUCGCAACGACAUGCUGCGAUUCUCGGGAUCCCUGCUCGACGCCAGUGGCGAGGUGAGGGAGAACCAGCCAGCGGGCACCAGAGUCAGAGGAGUGCCCCUAAUGCAGGCCUUCAGUGGUUCCAUCCUAGACGAAGAGCUGGCCACGCCCAAGAAGGUCAGGUACACCAUCAUCGAUGGCAACGUGGACGACGCCUUCGCCCUGCAGGAACGCAAGGCGAACAAGAACAUUCAAAUAAGUGCCAAGUCCUUGGUGAUAAAUGGCGACGACGAGUCCGGCGUCUGGUUGGUCACCAAUCGUCCUUUGGAUCGCGAGGAGCGCGCCCACUACGAUCUCUCCGUGGAGGCAUCGGAUGUCGAUGGCCUGGACAAAACCGUUUCCAAAAUACAAAUCACUAUUUUGGACGAGAACGACAACCGACCCAUCUUUAAGUCCAUGGACUAUAAGUUCGCCAUUGCCGGUCAAAAGUCUGCAAAUAUGGAGAGCAACAGUAGCGUGACUUACAAGCGAUUCGCGAUCAUGGGCAAAGUGGAGGCCACCGAUGCGGAUGGCGAUAAGAUUGCCUAUCGCCUCAAGGCGCCCAGCAACGUUGUGAUCAUUGUUCCCCAAACUGGCGAAAUUAUGCUGGCCGGCGAGCCCACCUCUAACGAACUUCUUAUCGAGGUGACAGCCCACGACUUGAGGUAUCCCAGUUUAUUGAGUGCGAAGCCCGCCAAGGUCCUCUUGGAAUUUCUGGCUGCCGAGCCAGUUUCCUUCAUAAUGCAGCAUCUGGAGCACGAUGAGGUGAACAAUCACUCACAUCACCGGGAGAAGAGACGAGUUACCCGAGCAGUGCGACCCACCAAGCGGAUUGAGUUCACCGAGGCAGACGGCGAUACCGAGGGAAAGUCGGUGUUCCAGUUGGAAAAGGAAACCGACAAGGAGACGUUCAAGAUCAGGGACGAUAAUCCCUGGGUGACGGUGGAAACAAACGGAGCUGUGCGAGUCAAGAAGAAGUGGGACUACGAGGAGCUGGGUCCAGAGAAGACCAUCGAUUUCUGGGUCAUUAUCACCAACAUGGGACACAACGCUGGCAUCAAGUAUACGGACAACCAGCGUGUGAUAAUCCUGGUGAAGGAUGUGAACGAUGAGCCGCCGUACUUCAUCAACCGCCCGCUGCCCAUGCAGGCGGUGGUUCAGCUGAAUGCACCACCCAACACUCCGGUUUUCACGCUCCAGGCCCGAGAUCCCGAUACCGACCACAAUAUCCACUACUUCAUCGUGCGCGAUCGAACUGGCGGACGCUUUGAGGUGGACGAGCGAUCCGGAGUGGUGAGGACCAGGGGCACGGACCUGUUUCAACUGGAUAUGGAGUAUGUGCUGUACGUGAAGGCCGAGGAUCAGAAUGGAAAGGUCGACGAUCGCAGGUUCCAGAGCACCCCCGAGGAGCGCCUCUCGAUUGUGGGUGGCAAGCGCGCUCCCCAGUUCUACAUGCCCAGCUAUGAGGCCGAGAUCCCAGAAAACCAGAAAAAGGACUCCGACAUCAUUUCGAUUAAGGCCAAGUCGUUCGCAGACCGCGAGAUUCGCUAUACCUUGAAGGCCCAGGGCCAGGGCGCCGGCACCUUCAACAUCGGACCCACGUCGGGCAUUGUCAAGUUGGCCAAGGAGUUGGACUUUGAGGAUCUGCGACAGCCGCACGUGUACUCGCUGAUUGUGACAGCCACCGAGGACUCGGGAGGAUUCUCCACCUCCGUUGAUCUCACCAUUCGCGUUACGGACGUAAACGACAAUGCCCCGAAAUUCGAGCUGCCCGAUUACCAGGCGCACAAUGUGGACGAGGAUAUUCCACUGGGCACCAGCAUCCUUCGGGUUAAGGCUAUGGAUUCAGAUUCAGGAUCGAAUGCCGAAAUCGAAUACCUGGUAUCCGAUGACCAUUUCGCCGUGGACUCCAAUGGAAUCAUCGUGAACAACAAGCAACUGGAUGCGGACAACAACAAUGCCUACUACGAGUUCAUAGUCACUGCCAAGGACAAGGGCGAACCGCCAAAGUCUGGAGUGGCCACGGUCCGUGUUUACACCAAAAACAAGAACGACGAGGAGCCCAAGUUCUCGCAGCAAGUGUACACCCCCAAUGUGGAUGAGAACGCAGGUCCGAAUACUCUGGUUACCACUGUGGUGGCUUCCGACAAGGAUGGCGACAACGUCAGGUUCGGAUUCGUGGGCGGCGGCACUUCGUCGGGUCAGUUUGUGAUCGAGGACAUAACCGGUGUGAUCCGGCUGCACAACAAAGCCAUUUCCCUGGACAGGGACAAGUACGAGUUGAACGUUACCGCCAUGGACGAUGGAUCCUGUUGCGUGAAUGGCGAUCAAACUAUCCACACUUCCACCGCCGUGGUUGUGGUCUUCAUCACCGACGUCAACGACAACAAGCCGGUGUUCAAGGACUGCAGUACCUACUAUCCGAAGGUCGAGGAAGGUGCUCCCAACGGAAGCCCCGUCAUUAAAGUGGUGGCCACCGACGAGGACAAGGGUGUCAAUGGACAGGUGAAAUACUCGAUUGUUCAGCAGCCGAACCAGAAGGGAACAAAGUUCACAGUGGACGAGGAAACGGGAGAGGUGUCCACCAACAAGGUGUUCGAUCGCGAGGGCGAUGAUGGAAAAUUUGUAUCCGUCACUGUAAAGGCCACAGAUCAGGGCGACCCAAGUCUGGAAGGCGUUUGCUCCUUCACCGUGGAGAUCACAGAUGUCAACGACAAUCCCCCACUUUUUGAUCGUCAGAAAUACGUCGAAAAUGUAAAACAGGAUGCCAGUAUUGGCACGAACAUCCUCCGAGUCUCCGCCUCCGACGAAGAUGCCGACAACAACGGAGCUAUAGUAUAUAGCCUGACCGCCCCCUUCAAUCCCAACGAUCUGGAAUACUUUGAAAUUCAGGCCGAAUCCGGUUGGAUUGUGCUGAAGAAACCGCUUGACCGCGAGACAUACAAGUUAGAGGCCAUGGCCCAAGACAAGGGCUAUCCGCCAUUAUCGCGUACUGUUGAAGUACAAAUCGAUGUGGUCGAUCGUGCCAACAAUCCGCCCGUCUGGGAUCAUACUGUCUAUGGGCCCAUUUAUGUCAAGGAAAAUAUGCCCGUUGGCGGCAAAGUCGUCUCGAUCAAAGCCAGUUCGGGUAUCGAAGGCAAUCCCACGGUUUUCUAUCGACUGAUGCCCGGGUCAACGGCCCAAACGAACAAGUUUCACACGUUCUACUUGCAACAAAGACCGGACAAUGGCGACACUUGGGCAGACAUAAAAGUAAAUCAUCCGCUGGACUACGAGAGCAUCAAGGAGUACAACUUAACCAUACGUGUUGAGAACAACGGGGCCCAGCAAUUGGCAUCGGAAGCGACCGUUUACAUAAUGCUCGAGGAUGUUAAUGAUGAAAUACCUUUAUUCACGGAACGCGAGCAGGAAACGGUGCUCGAGGGCGAACCGAUUGGCACCAAAGUGACACAGGUGAACGCCAUCGACAAGGACGGCACAUUCCCGAAUAAUCAGGUCUACUACUACAUUGUCGAUUCGCCGCGAAACGAGGGCAAGGAGUUCUUCGAAAUCAACCUGCAAAGUGGCGAGAUAUUCACGAAGACCGUUUUCGACAGGGAGAAGAAGGGCGCCUACGCCCUCGAAGUGGAGGCCCGGGAUGGAGCUCCCUCGGCCAGGCCCAAUAGCAAUGGACCCAAUUCAGUCACCAAAUUCAUACGCAUUGGCAUCGCCGAUAAAAACGAUAAUCCGCCCUAUUUCGACAAGUCGCUGUACGAGGCCGAAGUGGAUGAGAACGAGGACAUCCAGCACACAGUGCUCACUGUAACGGCCAAGGACCACGACGAGUCCUCACGUAUCCGCUAUGAAAUUACAAGCGGCAACAUUGGCGGCGCUUUUGCGGUUAAAAAUAUGACGGGUGCCAUUUAUGUAGCUGGCGCUUUAGAUUACGAAACUCGACGCCGGUACGAACUUCGUUUGGCCGCCUCCGAUAACUUGAAGGAGAACUACACCACCGUGAUUAUCCACGUCAAGGAUGUUAACGAUAAUCCGCCCGUUUUCGAGCGACCCACUUAUCGCACCCAGAUUACCGAAGAGGAUGAUCGAAAUUUGCCCAAACGCGUUCUGCAGGUUACGGCCACAGAUGGCGACAAGGAUCGUCCCCAGAACAUCGUGUACUUCCUCACGGGCCAAGGCAUUGAUCCGGAUAAUCCAGCCAAUAGCAAAUUCGACAUCAACCGCACCACCGGCGAAAUAUUCGUGUUAAAGCCCCUGGAUCGCGAUCAACCAAACGGACGACCCCAGUGGCGCUUCACUGUAUUCGCCCAGGACGAGGGUGGCGAGGGACUCGUGGGAUACGCGGAUGUCCAGGUCAAUCUGAAGGACAUCAACGAUAACGCCCCCAUUUUCCCACAGGGCGUAUACUUCGGCAACGUGACGGAGAACGGCACCGCCGGCAUGGUGGUGAUGACCAUGACGGCCGUGGACUACGACGAUCCCAACGAGGGCUCCAACGCCCGGCUGGUGUACUCCAUCGAGAAGAACGUGAUUGAGGAGGAGACGGGGUCGCCCAUUUUCGAAAUCGAGCCCGACACGGGUGUGAUAAAGACCGCCGUCUGCUGCCUGGAUCGCGAGAGAACCCCUGAUUACUCGAUACAGGUCGUUGCGAUGGAUGGCGGGGGGCUAAAGGGGACGGGGACGGCCUCCAUACGGGUCAAGGAUAUCAACGAUAUGCCGCCGCAGUUUACGAAGGACGAAUGGUUUACGGAAGUGGACGAAACGGAUGGCACGGCCCUGCCGGAAAUGCCCAUUUUAACAGUGACCGUGCACGACGAGGACGAAACGAACAAGUUCCAGUACAAGGUUAUCGACAACAGUGGCUACGGUGCCGACAAGUUCACCAUGGUGCGGAACAACGAUGGCACCGGAUCCCUGAAAAUCGUACAGCCCCUGGACUACGAGGAUCAGCUGCAGAGCAAUGGCUUCCGCUUCCGCAUCCAGGUGAACGACAAGGGCGAGGACAAUGACAACGAUAAGUACCAUGUGGCCUACUCGUGGGUGGUGGUCAAACUGAGGGACAUCAACGACAACAAGCCGCACUUCGACCGGGCCAAUGUGGAGGUCUCCGUGUUCGAGGACACCAAGGUGGGCACCGAGCUCGAGAAGUUCAAGGCAACCGAUCCGGAUCAGGGUGGCAAGAGCAAGGUCUCCUACUCCAUCGAUCGUUCCUCGGAUCGUCAGCGGCAGUUUGCCAUCAACCAGAAUGGUUCGGUUACCAUUCAACGCUCCCUGGAUCGCGAAGUGGUGCCCCGUCAUCAGGUUAAGAUCCUGGCGAUAGAUGAUGGCUCUCCACCGAAAACCGCGACUGCUACCCUUACAGUCAUCGUUCAGGACAUCAACGAUAAUGCUCCCAAGUUCCUGAAGGACUACAGACCAGUACUGCCAGAGCAUGUGCCUCCUCGUAAGGUGGUGGAGAUCCUGGCCACCGAUGACGAUGAUCGCUCCAAGAGCAACGGCCCUCCUUUCCAGUUCCGCCUGGACCCCAGUGCCGAUGAUAUUAUUCGUGCCUCCUUCAAGGUGGAACAGGAUCAAAAGGGUGCCAAUGGCGAUGGCAUGGCCGUGAUUUCUUCCCUGCGAUCCUUCGAUCGCGAACAGCAGAAGGAGUACAUGAUCCCCAUUGUGAUCAAGGAUCACGGCUCUCCAGCGAUGACGGGAACCAGUACUCUGACCGUCAUAAUCGGUGAUGUGAAUGACAACAAAAUGCAGCCUGGCUCCAAGGACAUCUUCGUUUACAACUACCAGGGACAAUCGCCAGAUACGCCAAUUGGUCGAGUCUAUGUCUACGAUCUGGAUGACUGGGAUCUGCCCGACAAGAAGUUCUACUGGGAGGCCAUGGAGCAUCCGCGAUUCAAGCUGGACGAGGACUCCGGCAUGGUCACCAUGCGGGCAGGAACCCGCGAAGGACGUUACCACCUUAGGUUCAAGGUCUACGAUCGUAAGCACACCCAGACCGACAUACCCGCCAAUGUCACGGUUACGGUGAGGGAAAUUCCUCACGAAGCUGUUAUAAACUCGGGCUCCGUACGCCUGUCUGGCAUCUCGGACGAAGACUUCAUCCGUGUGUGGAACUACAGGACCCAGAGCAUGAGUCGCUCCAAAAUGGAUCGUUUCCGGGAUAAACUGGCUGACUUACUGAACACCGAGCGGGACAAUGUGGACAUCUUCAGUGUGCAGUUAAAGAGGAAACACCCUCCCCUAACAGAUAUCAGGUUCUCGGCCCACGGAUCCCCCUACUACAAGCCAGUUAGGCUAAACGGCAUUGUCCUGAUGCACCGCGAGGAGAUCGAAAAGGAUGUGGGCAUCAAUAUAACCAUGGUGGGCAUCGACGAGUGUCUGUACGAGAACCAAAUGUGCGAGGGCAGCUGCACGAAUUCCCUGGAAAUCAGCCCCCUGCCCUACAUGGUCAACGCCAACAAAACUGCCUUGGUCGGUGUUCGAGUGGACACCAUCGCGGACUGUACUUGUGGUGCUCGUAACUUCAGCAAACCCGAAUCCUGCCGCACAACUCCCUGCCACAAUGGUGGCCGUUGUGUGGACACCAGGUUUGGUCCCCAUUGCUCGUGUCCGGUGGGCUAUGCAGGUCCCAGAUGCCAGCAGACGACCCGUAGUUUCCGUGGAAACGGUUGGGCCUGGUAUCCUCCCCUGGAGAUGUGUGACGAAUCGCAUUUGAGUCUGGAGUUCAUUACCCGCAAGCCCGAUGGCCUGAUCAUCUACAAUGGACCCAUAGUUCCCCCCGAACGGGACGAGACGCUCAUAUCCGACUUUAUUGCCCUGGAACUGGAGCGAGGCUAUCCUAGACUACUGAUAGACUUUGGCUCGGGAACUUUGGAACUGCGAGUGAAGACCAAAAAGACUUUGGACGAUGGUGAGUGGCACAGGAUCGACCUGUUCUGGGACACCGAAAGCAUUCGCAUGGUGGUGGACUUCUGUAAGUCGGCGGAAAUCGCCGAAAUGGAGGAUGGCACUCCGCCGGAAUUCGACGACAUGUCCUGCCAGGCGAGGGGACAGAUUCCGCCGUUCGACGAGUAUCUCAAUGUCAAUGCUCCCUUGCAAGUGGGCGGCUUGUACCGGGAACAGUUCGAUCAGAGUCUGUACAACUGGCACUAUAUGCCCACGGCCAAGGGCUUCGAUGGCUGCAUCAGAAACUUGGUGCACAACUCCGAGCUCUACGAUCUUGCUCAUCCGGGACUGUCGAGGAACAGUGUGGCGGGUUGUCCGCAAACCGAGGAAGUUUGCGCCCAAACGGAGACCACUGCCCGUUGCUGGGAACACGGAAAUUGCGUGGGUUCCCUGUCCGAAGCUCGUUGCCACUGUCGACCUGGUUGGACGGGCCCUGCCUGUAAUAUUCCCACCAUACCCACCACCUUCAAGGCCCAGAGUUAUGUGAAGUACGCCCUGAGCUUCGAACCCGAUCGGUUCAGCACUCAAGUCCAGUUGAGAUUCCGCACGAGGGAGGAGUACGGAGAGCUCUUCCGCGUGAGCGAUCAGCACAAUCGAGAGUAUGGUAUUCUGGAGAUCAAGGAUGGUCACCUCCACUUCCGCUACAAUCUGAACUCCCUUCGUACCGAGGAGAAGGAUCUGUGGCUGAAUGCCAUAGUGGUCAAUGAUGGUCAGUGGCACGUGGUGAAGGUUAAUCGAUACGGCUCUGCUGCUACCCUGGAGCUGGAUGGUGGAGAGGGUCGUCGCUACAACGAGACCUUUGAGUUCGUGGGCCACCAGUGGCUGUUGGUGGACAAACAAGAGGGUGUCUAUGCUGGCGGAAAGGCAGAGUACACAGGCGUUAGAACCUUUGAGGUGUACGCUGAUUACCAGAAGAGCUGUCUUGAUGAUAUACGUCUCGAAGGCAAACAUCUUCCACUGCCACCGGCGAUGAAUGGCACCCAGUGGGGUCAGGCCACCAUGGCCAGGAAUCUGGAGAAGGGUUGCCCCUCGAAUAAACCCUGCUCAAAUGUGAUCUGCCCCGAUCCCUUCGAGUGCGUGGAUCUGUGGAAUGUCUACGAGUGCACUUGCGGCGAAGGACGCAUUAUGUCGCCCGAUUCCAAGGGCUGUAUGGAUCGCAACGAGUGCCUCGAUAUGCCCUGCAUGAACGGUGCCACUUGCAUCAAUCUCGAGCCCCGACUGCGCUAUCGUUGCAUAUGUCCCGACGGUUUCUGGGGCGAGAACUGCGAACUGGUGCAGGAGGGUCAGACCUUAAAACUCAGCAUGGGCGCCCUGGCGGCGAUUUUGGUCUGCCUUUUGAUCAUACUGAUACUCGUCUUGGUCUUCGUCGUAUACAAUCGUCGCCGUGAGGCGCAUAUCAAAUAUCCGGGCCCCGACGAUGAUGUGCGCGAGAAUAUCAUCAACUACGACGAUGAGGGAGGCGGCGAGGACGACAUGACCGCCUUCGACAUCACACCUCUGCAGAUACCAAUUGGAGGGCCAAUGCCACCUGAGCUGGCGCCCAUGAAAAUGCCAAUUAUGUAUCCCGUGAUGACCUUAAUGCCAGGGCAGGAGCCCAACGUGGGCAUGUUCAUCGAGGAGCAUAAAAAGCGCGCCGAUGGCGAUCCAAAUGCGCCGCCCUUCGAUGACUUGAGGAACUAUGCGUACGAGGGCGGCGGCAGCACAGCUGGAUCACUCAGCUCGCUGGCCUCAGGAACUGACGACGAGCAGCAGGAAUACGACUACCUCGGGGCCUGGGGGCCACGCUUUGACAAGCUGGCCAACAUGUACGGACCCGAGGCGCCCAAUCCCCACAACACCGAACUAGAAUUGUAAGCUGGGAUGUUAAGCCAAGGAGAAUCGAAGAGCCGAGUGGCGAGCAGGGAGAAGGCAGAGACCGAAUCCAAAUCCGAUGCGGAUACCUAGAUGAACAAACUAAAACUGUUAGUAGAUACAAAGUUGCAUUUAAAUCGAAAUGAACACCCCACUCACGAGGGAAACUCACACACAAAGAAAGCGCAACCAAAGAAGCAUCUCAAUGCUGAAGUUGGCAGAACUCUCUACGUAAACGGAAACUAAGAACUAGAAAACUAAUGGAAAGGGGAAGGGGAACGAAUAUGGAAAUGAAUGGAAAAUCAAACACAUAUUAUGACACGUAAAAUGACAUUUGUAAAAAUAUUUCAUCAGCAUUUAAAUUUAAAAAAUUACCAUAAAGAUAUUAAGUUAUUAGAGCAGCCCGAACCGAAAAUGACGGGUGCACUUUUUCCAGCAUUUUUUGCGGGGCAAGCUAAGAAUGAAUUAAGCGAAAAAAUGGGGAAAUGAGGAAAUGAUUGUAAGAUGUAGGAGAGAGCAUACCAAAGUUUAGUUAAGGAGCGCUUAUGAAUUUAUAACUUUAAUUCUCGAACAGAUUUGUUGUGCAUACUAUUUUAAGUUGUAAUUAUUAUUUUAGGCCUUUUCUGUUUAUAAGUUUGUGACGUUCGUGAAAGUCAUUUAGCUGUUAAGCGAACAAAAAUUCUCAACGCCCUUAAUUUAUCGAUAGCUUAAGUUGAAGAUCUUUUAUUUUGCAUUACUUUUUAAGGAUUACAAUUAAACAGAAUUAAAACUUAUAUAAAGGAAUACCCAAAGACUGUUUUCGUUCCAUCAUAACAAGUAUAUACAUACAUUAAAACACGAAACAUAUAUAUAUAACAUAUAUAAAUUACGAAAAUUUUAACUGCAAAUCGAAAGGCAUUAUGCAAGUUGUCGCACUGUGUAUCAUUCAACUUAAAGUACACCACAAUCGGCAAAACUUGCAAGCAAAUUCCAGGCAAGAAGUACUCCUAAAAAUUAUUCUAAAUACAAAAACCUUAUGCUAAAAUCUCCAUAGAAAGCGAAUCUAGCCGAUGAAAUGCUGGCAAGUAAAGUAAAAUAAAGAGUAAAAGAAGGGAAAAAGAAAAUUACCUUUAGAUGAACUUAGCGCAAUUGAUAUAAUUAAAUUGAAUACUUAAAAAGAAAAUAAAAAGUAUAUAUUAAUGAUGAAAAAAUUGAAAAGUAUUUUACAUUGUAUAUAUUAUUAGUUUUAGCACGUAUACAAAGAAACACCCAGACACAACAACAAUAUUAAACCAAAUAAAAUUGGUAGCAAAACCUAAAAUCUUAUUAAGUCAUUUCAACUAGAGUGGAAGAACGCAUUCAAAAUAAAAAAAAAUAAAAACCUCCAUAUACAUAAACCCAACACCAACUGCAUUUAAAAACAAACUUUUUCCACACGACAAAGCAAAUGAGUUUGCAGAUUAAUUCUAUUUUCCCCAUUUGUUUGCCGGAACUUUUAUCGAUAGGUAAUAGUCACAAAAUUUUAUUAUUUUCCAUUUGUUAUAGCAUAGACCUACACGUAAUAAAAGUGGAUUUUAUAAGUUGAA